AUGGCGCGUCGUCGGCGCGUCGAGAAGCCUGCUCAAGUGGAGGAGGAGGAGGAGGAAGUCGUUGAGCGGGAAGACGAACAAGACCAAGAAGAACAACAGCACGAAGAGCCCGACCAUGACUCGGAGAAUGAGGAGGAGGGCGAGCAGCGCAGCUUGACUUUUGACGAAGAAAUUUCCUGGAAACCCGCCAAGCCAAUUCCUACGAGCACUCUGAUAAAACGACUGGAUAAAUUAUCCAAGGAGCUCUCCGAUCUCGAUCAAGGCGCCGCCGACCUGGACUCCAUCAGGCAUGUAGCCAAACAAUUAGGACACCGUAACCUACUUCAGCACAAGGAUGGCGGUGUCAAGGCAUACACAGCAUGCUGCCUAGUCGACAUUCUUCGGCUCUUCGUUCCCGAUGCUCCUUUUACCGACGACCAGAUUAAAAUGAUAUUCACCUUGUUCAUCAAGGAUAUCCUGCCAGCUCUGCACGAUCCCACAAAUCCAUAUGACAGCCAGCACAAAUACGUUUUGGCAUCUCUUACGGAAGUCAAGAGUAUUUUGCUCCUCCACCAAAUCUCAAAUGCUGACGAUCUAUUGUUGAGACUCUUCAACAGCACAUUCGACGGAGUGUCGGCAUCUGGUUCUAAGCCAGCGUCUGAAGAGCAGGUUGCUAAAGAUGUUGAGAUUCACCUGACAGAAAUGCUAAUGCAGUUGAUUGACGAGGCCGAGAGUGUGUCAGCUUCUGUUGUCGACGCGAUUAUCAGUCAGUUUCUGAGAGCUGCUCCUCCCGGUGGAAAUCGACAUAGAGGACAGAACGGGAAUCAAUCCACUCUUCUUCUCAAAGAAGAACCACCAGCAUAUGUCAUGGCGAAAAAUAUAUGCAAUGGAUGCUCUGACAAAAUGGCACGUUACGUCAGUCAAUACUUCAGUGACGUUAUUCUCAACGCUUCCGGUUUCGCUACGAAAUCCAAUGUGCAGCGACAUCCGGAUGAUUCUGAUGAUGAAGACGGGACUCUUGGCCCAUCAGAGGCAGAUCUGAGGAGUCUCCGUCAAGCCCAUCUACUCAUUCGCGAAUUAUGGCGAGCCGCCCCGACAGUUCUUUCGAACGUGGUACCGCAGCUCGAUGCGGAGCUUUCAGCAGACAAUGUGCAUCUUCGUCAAAUCGCCACAGAGACGAUUGGCGAUAUGGUUUCAGGCAUUGGUGCAGCGGGGCCACCACCUCCUCCUUCGUUGGAACCAGCGGCUUAUCCUCCCAUAAAAUUACUGGACGAUAAUCCAACUCCAGCCGUCGAGAACGUCUUGACAAAACCUUACUCUCCUCAGUCUUUUGCUCAAACACAUCAUGCCACCUAUCGCAACUUCGUCGGGAGAAAGAACGACAAGGCCGCCAUCAUUCGGGCGGCCUGGAUCUCUGCUGCCGGUUAUAUAUUGGCCACGUCUGCAGGGGGCAUUGGUCUUAGCCAGAAAGUUCGGCUGGCUGCGGUGCAGGCAGUCGAGCUGUUCGAUUUCCGCGACAUCGUUCUGAAACUUGGAGCUCUCGGAGGUGUAGAGAAGACUGGCUCAAUAUUUGCCAGUUUGGCGGAUCGAUCUCGUGAUAAGAAGCCUGCCGUGCGUGUUGAAGCCAUGGUUCUACUGGCAAAGUUGUGGUCAGUUGGUGCUGGGGAGAUUGCUGAUGGGCAAGAGGCUGUCAUAUCCUGCUUAGGUGGUGUGCCUUCCCGUAUCCUCAGUGUGUGGUAUAUCGGCGAUGAGGAUCUCAUCAUUCUUCUUGAAAGGGUCAUGUUCGAGUGUUUGGUCCCUUUGAAGUAUCCCUUCAUAAAGGGUGCAAAAUCAAAGGUGGCCUCUCAGUCGCAGACGGCCAGUAGCCAGGCGGAUCAGGACAAGAUUCGCGCAGAGAGGAUCCUCCUAUUACUUAAGUCACUGGAUGCGUCAGCUAAGAGGGCCUUUUUCAUCAUGCAGGCCCGUCAGCCCCAGGUUGCCAAGGGAGUUGAAGUGUUCAUUCAACAAUGUGAAGCCUAUAACGGGGGGGUGAUCAAUGCGAACGAGGAAAAGGUCAAAGCCGCCUUGAGCAAGACCUUCCAGUGGUUCGGUGCGUUUUUCCCGGAUCCGCUCAAGGUCCGUAGCGAUCUCCAGAAGUUCGCCAAACUCAACGACCGCCGUUGUUACCAGCUUCUCAAGUUCAUUAUUGCAUCCGAUACCGAAUAUCUCCAUGUUCGAAGAGCCAUUAAGGAGUUGAUUGCCAAGGUCCAAAGUAACCCGGGGUCAGCGAGCUGUUUGGAUACCCUCAUCCCUCUAAUUUACCGGGCCGGCUCUUUGAUGUACAAUCGGAGUCACUUGGCUACGAUUAUGGACUACUCCAAGAAUGACAAAGCUGGAUUCUCUACAGUCGCCCAUGAGAUCUUAAAUGAUAUAUCACAGCGGAAUCCUGCGCUUUUCAAGGCUCAUUCGGACAAUCUCAGAAAGGAGAUCAUCAGCCAAGCACCGUCGGGCAGCGAGCCUAACGAGCCCGCGGUGGUAGAUAUUCUCAAGGCAUACUCGUCCUAUUCCAAAAGAUAUCCCCAGGAAAUCACAUAUGAUAAGAAGUUCAUCCAGGUUCUUAUGGAUUAUGCCUUAUGCGGUGUUCCUGCCAGGAGUGCCAAGUAUGCAGUCAAUAUUCUGCUUGCUAAAAACGAUGACAAGAGUAAAGUUACUGCCACUGCUCUUCUGCAAAGAAUCAUGAAGGACUUCAAGUAUGGCUCGCCGCAUUUCUUGACGAGAUUAGCUGCCGUCAGCCAGCUUGAACGCCUAGCACCAACAGUCACUCUAGACUUUGAUGGGACAAUUAACGACCUAACGAUCAAGCAGAUUCUGCGUCAAGUACGUACCGAUGACAAGAACUCUGAGGUUUCCUGGGUCGAGGAUGAGGACAUGAAUGAGGAACUACAAGCGAAAUGUCUUGCCAUGAAGACGCUGGUCAAUCAAGCGCUCGCCAACCAGGACGACGAUGACUCUCUGACUCGAGUGAAACUGGUCUUUAAACUCCUGAAAGAAUUUGUGGUACAAGAAGGAGAGUUUUGCAAAGUUAAGGAUACUCCAUUGGCUCACAAAAAACGACUGAGACUUCUUGCUGGACUUCUGAUCCUGAAAUUAUGUACUGUCAAAAAGUACGACGACGAGUUUGAUCCCGCAAGCUUCAACAAGCUUGCAGAGCUCGUGCAAGACACAGAACUUGAGGUUCGUCGUCAUUUCAUGGAGAAAUUACAAAGUUACAUCACUCAGGGAAGAUUGCGGGCAAGAUUUUACACAAUGCUCUUUUUGGCUGCUUUCGAGCCAGCAAUAGAACUCAAAAGCCGGGUAGAAACGUGGCUGAGGUCCAGAGCCCGACUCUUUGCUCAAAACAAGACUCACGUACUCGAGGCCAUGAUUAGCCGUUUCAUUCCUCUACUGGCUCACCAUCCUGACUACAGCUCUGACGUUGAUGACUUGGCUGAUUUCGCCAACUAUUUCGUUUUUUAUCUGAAUACAUGUGCGACAGAAGAGAACAUUUCAUUGAUCUACAAGUACGCUGAGCGUGUCAAGCAAACGCGCGAUGCACUGAACCCCGAGGCUAGCGAGCGGAUAUACGUGCUGGCUGAUAUCGCAAUGGCCGUCACACGCAAGUGGCAAGAGAGGAAGAACUGGGUUUUCCAGGCUUAUUCCGGCAAUGUCGGCCUGCCAAGCGGUCUUGUGCAAAGCUUGCCGUCGAGUAGCGUUGCCCAUGAGAUUGCGCAGAAGCAACAUAUGCCAGAAGAGCUAGACGAGAAGUUGGACGAACUGCUCAAAGCUGCCGAUCGCAAGAAGAAACGAAAAUCAACAGGAGAAAAGCAGGAUCCUCCAGCAAAGAGGGCGAGAACUCAAAUCAAGACAGUCAUCCGAGAGAAGCGUGAUAGCAGGCCCAAAAAGGUCUCGAAACCUAGGAAAUCCAAGCCAGUCAAAGAGACACCACCGCCUUCGGAACGUCGUCGCAGUGGUAGAGCUCAUAAGGUGUCUGUCUAUACAGAGCGAGAAGACGAAGAGGACGAGGAGGAGAUGCUGGAGGGCGUGGCCGACUGGGAAUAUCCAGAAAAUGAUAGUGAAGGUGGAGAGGCCAGUGCAGGCGACGAUGAAUCAGAGCUUUCGGACGCUCCCCCAGAGGAAGAUGAAAAUGACGAUAGGAACAAGGCAUCGGAUAACGACGAGCCUCCAGAACCGGAAGCGGGUAAGCCCGAAGAAGCCCGAUUCAACGGAAGAAACGCCGCUCCAUCACUGAAGGGCAGGGGUGCAUCUAAGCCAGCUGUCAAGGCCAGUGUUCUUGCAGAGGUAAAACGACCAACAAGGUCGACAAGGCCACGACGAGGCAAGGGCACAGACGAGAUGGAAGUUGAUGUUGACGAGUAA